AUGGCUCUCCAAGAAGUGCGCUGGCCCGAUAUCGGUAAAACAACAUGUAGCUCUUAUAAAAUUGUAUGGUCCGGUCCAACUGUUGGCGCUCUACGGUCUGCAGGAGUGGCUCUUGCGCUCGUAUUGGCCUGUACGCUGGCUCAUCAUUAUAAUCUUCGACGUCGUGAACUAUCUACUGAACAAGAAGACAAUCAACAACAAGGACCACCAACUACAAUUAUGACUGAUCCAGUGGCACGAGCAUUUGAAAGUAUUAAAACAUUCCAUGGAACUGCACAAGAUAAUUCACGUGAUUGGUGUGAUCGUGCUGAAAUAAUAUUUAAUGCACUUAACAUUAAUGAUGGUGAUCGAUUAGCCCGAAUCGCAAUUAAAUUCGAGGAUACAGCUUUUGACUGGUAUCGUAAUAAUCCAGUACUUUACACAACGUGGUUAGCAUUUCGUGAAGCAUUUCAACGAGCAUUUCCUCCACCUGAACGUACACAAAAUCGUCAUUUAUUAUCAGAACAAAUAAAUCAACGAAAACAAGGUCCUGAUGAAUCAGUACAUGAUUAUUAUUAUUCAUUAGAUAAAUUAUGUCGUGACUAUGAUCCAAAAAUGUCCCCUAUUGAUAAAACGAUUAAAUUAGUAUGUGGUCUUCGUGAUGAAUUAAAAGAAAAGAUUUUACCAUUAAAUGUUCAAACACCAGAAGAAUUUAUGACUCAAGCGAAAAAUUUUGAAUCAAGUGAAAAAGUUAUGGCUCAACAUCGUAAACAAAAUGUAUCACUUGAAUUACCUGAUCCAACAUAUUAUUUUGAAUCUAAUGGAUAUUCAACUGUUGCUGCAACUCAACCUCAUCCUCAACCAUAUUAUCAACAAUAUCGUAAAAACAAUUAUCAACAACAUCAACCAAAUUAUCAUCAACAACAUCGACAAAAUUUCCAACAGAAUUAUCAGCAAAAAAACACCAACAAAUUAAUCAUCAAAAUUACUAUGGAUCAUAUGUUCAACAACCACCACAAGCAACAAGUUAUAUUCCACAAUUUCAACAAAAUAAUGGCCAAAUGA